AUGGACACAGUAUUGCCAUACAUGGACGCGGCCGAAAUCGCACAAUGCGUCCAUACCACCGAAUUCGAACUUGAAUUCGAGCGUUCUCGGAGAGAAAUCGAACGCCUCUAUGAAGUUGAACGAGCGCGCAGACUUCGCCUCCAGGUCAUGCUGCUAGAACAUGGAAAAGAGGAGAUGCAGGAACAAGCAGAGAGCGGCGAAGAUGAACAGCAUCAUUUGCAGCAGGCCAAUGAGUCCCUACGCGCACGUCUGGCCGAGGUUGAGGCGGACUUGCAACGCGCACAGAUGGAGCUCAGGGCGUGCCUACGCGAACUGGAAUCCUUGAAAACAGAAAACAACGCCUUGAAUGCUGCUAGCAACGACGCAAGAAAGCUCCUCGCCGAGAAGCUGGCUUUGUCUACGGAGUUAAACACCCUCAAACCCGAACUUGAGCACCUGAGAGCCCAGAACGCGGCUUACCAGAAAACCCUCUCCGAAAAACUGGCUUUGGAGCGGCAGCUCAGCUCUGUUCAAGUCGAACUCGAGACGGAGAAACGAACGGUCCAGCGCCUCAAGGCACAGGAAAAGUCAUCCAAUCACGAGGAUACAGAGUUGAUGGCCGAGGUUAAGAGUUUGAGAAAGGAGCUCGCAGAAAUACAGCGGCACGCACAAAAAGCGUAA